GUGACGCAGGUUCAUCCUCCAUCACUGGCCGAGCCCACUGACUGACAACACCACCCAGAAACCGAGCGAGUCCUCACGACUUAUGGAAAUAUGUAGUUAGCUCGGACAGUUCAACAUACUUCGACAGCUGGGGGUUUGGUGGAGUUGAUUAGUUGCAUGGAAAGGUACCAUGGGGGGUCAUGAUGAUGAAGAUAUGACAUAUGUUGUGAAUAAACAAAAACAAGAUGAGGAGCUACAAAACAAGCUGAAUGAUGGUAGCCACUGGUGCGACCAGGAGUCCACAGGCAACAAUGCCAAAUGGGUCAAAGAAGGCCAGAACCAGCUGCGGAAAGUAGCAGAAAACCAUCAGGAACAGGACCAUAACUGCAAUAUCAACCAGAAUGGAAACAAGGAAGACUUUCCUUGCCAGAACAUCACUCAGGAAGAACAGCAGGGAAAUGAGGAGCAGACCAAGUCUCCCAAAAUAGCAAUGACCCCUGGCCUCAGUCAAGAGGAGUCAAAGAACAUCCUUAAUGAGCCACUACUGAUUGACACUCUGGAGUCAACAGAGGAGAAAGAUAAAGAGAGGGAAGAGGAUGACAAGGAGAAGGAAAGUAAAUCAGAUGAGGAGACAUCAAGUGGCACCAGAGGAGAAAAAGUGGCCGAGCAGAGUAAUGUAGAGUCUCAAAGAGAAGGCGCUGUUGUGGGGAGAAAUGCUUGCCUCCUCUUCUCCAACAUGAAUGGGACACCAAGUGAUGAAGAGUCCAGCUGGCCUGUGCUGUGUCAGGACAACACAGCUGACAGCUCUCCUAAUGGUAACAGAGAGUCUUUCUGGGACUCCAGUGCUUUUGAGACAGACACAGACCUGCCUUCAGGAUGGAUGAGGGUGCGAGACACAUCAGGCACAUACUACUGGCAUAUUCCCACAGGCACCACCCAGUGGGAGCCUCCUUCACCCCUGGGUAAAGUUGGUGACUCAAUGAUGUCCUCCACUAUGUCUUUGGAGACUACACCCUGUGAGGAACCUGAGGAAUCCUGGGCUCAGCUUUCUAGCACAGAUGAAGGUGCUGGUGAGGGGGAACUUUGGAAGGAGGAAGGAGAGGUUGCGUCUGAUCAAAGUCUGAAGGAGUUUGAAGGAGCAACUCUGCGCUAUGCAUCUAUCAACCUGAAUUACAAUUGCUCCCAGUCUGAGGAAGAAGAGAAGCUUGCUCCACUGUGCACAGAUUUAGAAACUAAGUGUUUUGCUGUGCGUUCUCUUGGCUGGGUAGAGAUGUCUGAGGAGGAUAUGGCACCUGGCAAGAGUAGUGUUGCUGUCAACAACUGCAUCAGGCAGCUGUCAUAUCACAAACACAACCUUCAUGACACUGUUGGUAUCUGGGGAGAGGGCAAAGACAUGCUAAUGGUCCUGGAGGAUGACACCAUGAAGCUAAUUGACCCGCUGGGUCAGACUCUGCUCCACGCUCAGCCAAUUGGCAGCAUCCGUGUUUGGGGUGUUGGCAGAGACAACGGCAGGGAAAGGGAUUUUGCUUAUGUGGCUCGAGACAACCUGACCCAAGUUCUGAAGUGUCAUGUUUUCCGUUGUGACUCUCCUGCCAAGAAUAUUGCUACUAGCUUACAUGAGAUGUGCUCAAAGAUAAUGAUGGAAAGAAAGGCAACCAAACCAGGGGUGAGCCGACUCAACUCUGACCCAAGUAAACCUUUGGUCAUCCCAGUUGAAGAGUUUCCUGCUCCAAAAAAUGAACUCUUCCAACGCUUCCAUGUUUAUUACCUUGGUUGUGAGUCUGUGUCUAGACCAGUUGGAAUGGAAAUAAUCAAUGAAGCAUUAGAAGCGGCAAUAAAUGGCAAAGACAAAAAUGACUGGACUCCUGUCUCUGUAAAUGUUGCACCAGCCACCCUCACCAUACUUUCAAGACAGGAGGAGGAGGUACUGUCAGAGUGUAGGGUCCGUUUCCUGUCUUUCAUGGGUGUGGGGAAGGAUGUCCACACCUUCGCUUUCAUCAUGGCGGAGGGUCCUCGAGACUUCAGCUGUCACAUGUUUUGGUGUGAGCCCAACGCUGCCAGUCUGAGUGAAGCUGUGCAGGCUGCCUGCAUGCUCCGCUACCAGAAAUGUUUGGAUGCACGUCCACCCAGUCUGGCCUCCUGCCUGCCCACUCCUCCUACUGACUCUGUGGCUCGACGGGUCAAGAAGGGGGUGCAGAGUCUGCUGGGCAGCUUUAAGAGCUACAGGUCAGGUUCUCAAUCCCCAUGAGAUGGAGCGAGGAUGAUCCACAGUCCAUUAAACACUAGGUCCAUCACAGCAGCCCCUUCUCACUCGUGCUCAUUAUCCUGCCACAGUUUAGCCUUACCACUGUUUUUCUUGUCUAGUCACUAAUCUGAUGUUUUGAAUAGUUUGUGGGGGAAAUAUGUGUCAGAAAAGAUGAAAGUAUUUCAUCUUUGUUUUUUGUUUUUUUAUGUUGUACAAGAAUUUCCAGCUCAUCUCUGAACAGAAGAACCCUUCCAUCAAAUGUUUUCUUGCCUUGUUUCUGUGAGUCUGUUUUAAAUUUUGUGUUUUAACAGAAACAAUGCGAUGAAUGUUGGACAUGGAUGUAAUAAGUUUUACAUGCCGACACAAGAGUUUGUUUAAAAGAGAGGUUGAUGGGUUCCCUCAUAGAAAUGCUCUCAUCAGCUUAUCAUCAUCAGUGCAAUUAUCAUCUCUAACACUCCUCCUUUUCUGUUGUCUGCUAUAGGAACAUAUUUAAUCCAGUCAUACGUCAGUGUAAAGUUUCACAGAUUUUUUUUUUUCUUUCAAGCACACCGCACCUCUCUCUACCACCUUGGGUUGUAAUGCAAGCACUGUAGGCGUGUGCAAUUUUCUGUUCCUGAUUAUCCCAAACAAUGUAAUUUAGUCUUCCAAAGAGCUGUAUGGUCAUCUAUCACAUUUUGAGCAAACACUGGUUUGAGUGUAGUGUGUUCUCAUUCAUUCUGCAUGAACAUUUGCAAGUUCAGUGCUAGUGUGCAAUAACCAGACGUUUCAGUAUGAUGUGGUGAUGAGAUGAUUUACCAUGUGAUUAUUUCACUUUACGGAGCGAGUCUGAAUAGAUUGGGUGUGAGGCUAAUGGAACAACAGAGCCAUGUUUAAAAAAAUCAUAUUAUGACAGAAAUGACAGUAAUAAAAAUACUCUGGGUUUUCUGGCAGACGUUUACCACCAACAACUCCUGAACAGUACUGUAGAAACUCACCACAAGCUGCAUGUUUUGAUAGCUUAGAGUUUUUGCUGCCUGCAGCAGUUUAGCGCUUAAGAGCCAUCAAUGUAUCCUGUAAACUCUUUGUGUUUCUGUAUGAAAGGAGGAGGCUAGAGCUGGUGUGUUGUUUUUGUGUUACCUAGGCAUGUCUCUCUAGUUGGUGUUUAUCAUAAGCUAGAAGUAGAAAGUUAGACUUCCUGUCACCUCUUUCAGACUCAAAAGAUGAGAGCAGGUCAGUGUCUGUAUUUACCGUUUGUGUAAAUGAGAAACCUAGAAAUGAUUUUUCCAGUGGAUUAUAUUUUAAAUUCCUUUUUCCUUGUCCACAUUUUGACUUGUGUGGGCCCCGGCCUCUCCAGUUAACGUAUUUUUUAUUGUUUCCACACACUACAAUGUACACAAAUGAGAUGAUUUUCACAUUAACUCGUUAGAUUUAGUUUUUAUAAAGAAUACACUAAUAGCCAAGUUGUAUUUUAUCUUUGUGUCUGUUGUCAGUGAUCAAUACUGUAUGUAGCACAAUAGUAAUGGUCAUUUCAAAUAUAAUAGAUGCAGUUUGUAAGACGUUUUGGAAAUUUGAUCACAUUUGUUUUAAAUAAAGGUAAUUAUUCAAAUAAGUGAAAAGAAUAUAAAAAAUAUGUCGAUUUUCUUUUUUCUCUCAACAUUUUGGAGCAUAACAGUUGACAUCUCUGGCCUAAGACAAAGGCAUAAAAUAACAAUAUUAUCAGCAUUAAAGCAGUAGCUUUUAGUCUGUUGAAAAAUAAGUAUUUGAGAUCAUUUCUGUUUACAAAAAAUCUCUGAACAGGAGUGCCAAAAGAUAACAUUCAGAGAAGUUUAGGACAAUGUGGAAAAUGGAUCUGUGACGAUCCAGAUUUCUUAAAAAUUUAAAGUCGUGACUCCAAAACUCUUACCAACUGCUUCUGUAGGUGUAGGAUAUAACACUAAAGAAAAUGAAACUGCAUUGACUCAUAUUACUGCCUUGUCACUUAUGUGUCACUUGGAAUUAUUGUGCUUUUCCUCCUACAACAAUUGCUGUGUUCAUUCAGUGGCAACACUAAAGCCGGUUGAGUUAAAGAACAUUAGCAGAUUAAUUUAUUUCCCUUCAUGUAAAUUAGGUGUAUAAAAUGUAUGUAUAUAAAAGUCACUGCACAAUAAAUGUGAACAUAUCAUAA